AUGAGUUCCGUUUCGUCUGCGCCGCGCAGUUCUUCCAGUUCGGGACGGUCGCCGUCCAAAUCCGUCGUGCCUGAGAAACAGAUCUCUCAAAUUGAAAAGAGCGUCACGCAUCUCCUCGUCGCCACAAAACAACUGCUCGAAACGUUGACGCAAUGGUCGCGACGACAGGCGUCGGAGAAUGAGGUAUCGGAUGUCUACGUGCGUCUCGGCUAUGAAUUCAAUCUCGCAUGUCGCGCCUUCAAUGCUAUUGGGGCCGAUACUUCCGACCUGGGCCCUGUUCCCGAUCUCCUCCGCACGAUUCUCGAAGAAACCCUCAGCCAGGAUGCCUCGCCGCAAAGUCUCGAUCGUUUCCUUCCCCGCAUCCGCGAAAUCAUCAUCAACCUCCUUCAUGGCCUCAAGAAGAAACAGGCCCGUCUACGAUCUCGGCAACAGAGGGACGAUAGACCCGUUGCCAGUCGUCAGGCAAGUGCCGGAAGUGCCACGAGCGCUCAGGCCGCCAUGAACCAGGCGUAUGAGGAGACCGCAUCAUCUGUCUCCCCUCCUAAACGGUCUGCCCGUCGAUAUGGCAGUAAUGGUUCGGUCGAAGAGCCUGGUCCUGGUAUGGGUCGGUCUUCGGGGUCAGGACAGGGUUCCGGUGACAUGCGGGGCACCAGCUACUCAGAGCGAGAAGCGUCGAGACGUGAGGCACAGAACAUCCUUUCCCAGCCAUACCCAGAGGGUGAUCGGGGAGCCAUUGCAGCAGCGUAUCCCCCUCCACCGCCACCUCCAAGACAAGAUGACGCCAUUGGUGCACUUCAGAGGAGUGGUGAACUGGAACGUCGAGCGUCCCGGCGAUUCUCAGCUUAUCAGAUCCAAAAGCACUUGGGAACUUCAACCAACGGGGUGCCCGUUCUUCCCACUCAAAAUUCGCCGAUCCCAAACCGGGGCCGGGAUGUCCAUGAGUCCUUGAAUGCCGUACGCCUGCGUGGCUCCUAUACCCAUGGCCGGCAACGAUCAACCAAUCGUGUGGCGGAGACUCCGAGCACCAAGGCAGCACCCCAAGCCGCUCCCUCCGUUCCCACUGUGGAAGAGGAAAGCACGAAACCCCGCCAGGAAUCCAUCGCGAAGCCCCCUAACGAUGUCGCCACGUCAGAGAAUAGAUCCAAACAGCCUGAGACCGAGACUGCCGACAUUAGCCAACCAACUGCGUUGCCUCGGCCUACGCAGGAGCCCUCCCUAGAUGAUGCGUUCGAGCCAGUGAAAGCCACCGCUGAGACGGCAACGUCGCCAACAACUCCAAGAGGGUUACUCCGGUCUCACCAUCGGGAGACUUCAACUGGGCCUUUCAUCGAGAAAUUCGCGUGGAACACACACAACAACGGCGCUGACCUGCCGGAAAUUUACAUUCAGGACCCGAUAUCUGGGAUACGCCAUGAGCUUGAGGAUCUGAAUGACGUGAAGGAUCGCUCCGUCCUCGUAUUGAACGUCGACAUGCUUGAUGAGGUUAAAAAGCACUUCGAUGAUGAGUUUGGUGGAGUACGUCGAUUAAUCGAAGGUGUUAAAGAGGCCUUGGGUGGUCAUGAGAGUAUAAUGCAACGGGUAGCAGACAGCCAGCUAGAGGCAGCGAAGGACAUGGCUCGUCUGGCUGCAGCACCCCCGGUCUCGGUUGCCGCCGCCUCCCAGGCCGGUGAGCCUCGGAAGGGCCCCAUCACCGGCAGUGACAGUCAAUUAGCUGAAAUCCAGAGCCUGCGACGCGACCUGGCUGUUCUGCGCCAGACGUACUCCAGUUUUUCGUCCGAUAUCUCCAGCUCAAUGAGUGCCAUACGGUCCAAGGCCGGCAAUAUCAAGACAGCCGCAGCAGAUGUUGCAGUGCCAUCCUUUGAAGGGGAUGCAGGACGCGCCCGUGUCAACUCCGGGAAGAAAGAACUUGCCGAGGAGUCAGAAAGGAUCGUGGCUCGCGUGGAUGACCUGCAGGAUCUUGUUGAGGAUUUGCGGAAGGAUGUGGUGACCCGUGGAGUUCGGCCGCUCCCGCGCCAGCUGGAGAUGGUCGGAAAGGACAUCAGUGCUGUCACUAAAGAGGUCAAGAAGAUGCAGGAGUUCUUGAAACGGGAGAAGCCCAUCUGGACGAAGAUCUGGGAGAAGGAACUGCAGCUCGUCUGUGAAGAGCGUGAUCAGCUCACCAUGCAGGAGGAUCUCGCGGCUGAUCUCCAGGACGACCUGGAGAAAGCUGCGCAGACGUUUGCUCUCGUCGAACAAGCCACCAAACAACAGGCGCUGCAGAAUGCCAAUCAGGGCGUUACAUUGCGCAACGUUUCACGAAACAUUGACCCAUCAGUCGACCCCCUGAAGGCAAAGGACAAUGUUCUUGGAGAGGUCCGCGCGCUGCAGCCUGACCAUGAGUCUCGAUUGGAGGCCAUAGAGCGAGCUGAGAAGGCCCGACAGAAGGAGCUUGAGAAUCGACGUAUUGGACUGUUCCAGAAGGAAUUGGGAUCGUUUGUUCAGGAAGGGAAGCUGAAGAAGAGCGGUGGUGUCGAAGAGACGGAACGACUGCGUCGAGCAAAGGACGACCGCAUCCGCAAGGAAGUCUGGGAGAGACAGCAGGCUCGCGCGGCGGAGAUGGAGAAAGCAGAGGCGGAAGCUGCAUCUGCACAGGCGGAGCCAUCAGAAAAUAACGAGAGCGAAGAAGCCCCUGUCGAUACGCCGGCUGAAAAUGACGAACCAAGUCAGGAGACGCCGAACGAGUCCGCUACUACUGAAGAGGUGAAGGAGGAAGCCAAAGACGAAUCCGCCGAGAAGGAUGUCGAUAAAGCAGCCGAUUCUGAAAACCAAUAG